UUUAUUAGCUCUAGUCAUUUACGAUUUCAAAGGAGAAAAAAUAUUCCUUUCCUCUACUGUCGAUGUAAAUCUUUGAGUUUUUUAAUGCUGCUCUGUUAAGCCGGAAAUAAAAUUUAAAUUUUUGAAUUCCGAUGGACUUGAAUCCUGAAAACAUUUCAUUGUGUGUGAUCAAGAUCGAAACGGAUUUGGAUCCCAGUGAAGAUUCUGAGGGAGCUGUGUCCGCCGAACAUCCAACCAAUCCCCGAGUGCUGAAGGAGCGGGAACGCGACCGCGGACUUCGCCAGUCCCGCGACAUAAUCAUCGAAACGUACACAAACCAGCGUUGGAAGCGGGAAUUGAGUGAACCCAGGAAGCAGGAGAUGAACUGGGUAGCCGCCGUGCAGCACGUAAACAGCCCCUCGGCGGGCAGCUCCCGGGAGAUUACUCCCCGAAGCGGCGAUGAAGGCCAGGCGGGCGCCACCGCCUCCAAGUUCCCCCAUGAGAUAGGGUACUUCUCCGGCAAUCCCAUCGUCGAGGUGACCAAAGGUCUUAUCCACCUCUACAAGAAGAACGAGCGCAAGGCCAUCAAAGAAGCUCCGUCUAACCAACUCUGCCUGCUGGCAGUGCCAGCCACUCUUAACUGCCACGACCUGCUGAACUUUAUUGCCCCCUGUCAUGCGGAGAUCAAACACAUCCAGAUUGUCCGUGACGGCAGCCCCAAUCAGUUCAUGGUGCUCCUGGAAUUCCGCUCGAAUGAAUCAGCUUUGGAGUUCUACAAGUCCUAUAAUGGCAUUACGUACAACUCACUGGAACCGGACUCGCUGUGCCACGCGGUCUGGGUCUCAGAGGUGGAAAGAAGUGAGCAUGGAGCACCACCAAUGGGACACACCGAGCUACCCACCUGUCCAGUGUGCCUGGAGCGCAUGGACGAGAGUGUAGAUGGAGUGUUGACCAUAUUGUGCAACCACGCCUUUCACGCCAGCUGCUUGAUGAAAUGGGGUGACUCCACCUGUCCGGUGUGCCGCCAUGUUCAAACUCCUGGGCUGGUUGAGGAUUCCGUGUGCAUGGAAUGCGAGGGUACUGAUUCGUUGUGGAUAUGCCUGAUCUGCGGACAUGUGGGUUGUGGUCGUUACCAAGGAGGUCAUGCUGCUGCGCACUUCCGGGCUACAAAUCACACCUUCGCCAUGCAGUUAGGUACUUCAAGUGUAUGGGAUUAUGCCGGUGACAACUUUGUUCAUCGCUUAUUCCAAAACAAAUCCGACGGCAAGCUGGUGGCAUCGCAAACCGAGAAAGAUGAGCGCGAGGAAAAGAUCGACUCCAUGCAAAUGGAAUUCACCUACCUACUGACCUCUCAGCUAGACACACAGCGCAAGUACUAUGAGGAGCGGAUGGAACGGCUGGAGCAGGAAUGGCAGAACCAUAUGGCGACCGCCAACGAAGCUAAGACAGAAGUUUCCGAGCUUCAACAGCUCCAGCAGACCAUGCAGAAAGAGAAGGUCAACCUGGAGCGCAAGUUGGGCCAGCAUACAGCUAAACUAAAGGAGGUGCAGAAGCAGCUGAACGAAGAGCGUGAGUUGUCAAAGGCUCUGCAGACCAGCCAGAGCUCCUGGCACGGCAAAUACAAACUCUUGGAACAGCAGUACAACGAGUUCAAGCAAACUCACGACGCCGAAGUGACCGACUUAAAAGAACAGCUCCGCGACAUAAUGUUCUUUCUGGACAAUCAGCAAAAGAUGGCCAACUCGGAGCUAGCGGGUGCCUCCAUCACAGGCAUAGGAGAGAAGGAGCCGGAACCAAACUCCAGGCGCGGCAAUCGUCGCAAGAAAUAAAUCAUAACCACCA